UAAAGUUGAUGAAAACAAAGACAAACGAGUCGGUAUAAUAUUUCAAACUUUUAUUAUUAUGACUUUAAAUUAGAAAUUAUUGAAAAAAACACAGAUAACGAACAUGACCAGAAAUGUUUCGGAAACGCAGGCGUGACCUCGGUUUCUUCAUCCGGUUCACGCGCCUCGCGCUGUAACGAGCAUGGCAGCGAAAAACAAGCCCCGCAGAAAGGCAAAAGCCACGACAGAGGUGGCUUUUCAGGCCGAAGACGACGACGUGGAACGUGAAAACAGAGGUGAACGGGAGGACGAAGACUCGGACCCCGAUGAAGGAGGACCCGGAGCCGAGACGGACCCGGAGGAGUUCAGCCUGGAGGAGGUUUUACGGCUUGGAGGAACACGGGCUGACUACGUCCUCCUCGCUGGACUCGAAGACUCAGCCGAGCUUGUCGAUGGGGGAAAGAAAGGAGCCAUAGAUGAUCUGGAGGAAGGCGAGCUGGAAAAGUUCAUCACCAAACUGGGAAUCCAGUCGUUUGCCAAACAGCAAAUCAUCCAAGACGAGCUCGAGGGCAAUGACGGAGGAGAGUCCGAUAGGAAGCAAGGAAAAAAGGCCAAAAACAGGCAAGACGUGCCAGAGGAGGAAGGAGGCAGUGUUGAGCAGACCACCAACAGAGAGGGCGUCAAACAGAAGGCGAAGAAGACCAACCAGAACGCGUUUGACUUCCAGCAGAGGCAGGUCCUGCUCAUCAAACCCGGGGGCAAGUGGUUCGACCUGGAGUACACGGCCGAGGGCUCGGCGGCGCCCCAGCAGCCCCAGCUGGUCUCCCAGUACAAGGCGCUGGCCCAGCAGCUGUUUGAGGCCGAGGUGCAGCUGUACAAAAGCAGGAAGAACGUGCAGAGAGGAGCCGGCUCCUCCUGGAUGAAGGCCGUGGUCUCCACCGGCGUGCUGGCCGACAGGAUGGCCGCCAUGACGGUUCUGAUCCAGGACGCGCCGGUGCACACGCUGGAGCACGUGCAGAGCCUGGUGGCCAUGAUGAAGAAGAAGGGCAGCCGGCGCGUGGGGCUCAUGGCUCUGGACACGCUGCGGGAGCUGCUGCUGUCGGACCUGCUGCCGCCGCACAGGAAGCUGCGCCCGUUCCCGCAGCGGCCGUUGGACCAGCUGGAGCAGCGGGCGAGCGGGAACCGCGACGCCCGCGACCGCCGCCUCGUCCUCUGGUACUUCGAGCACACGCUGAAGCACGUCGUGGCUGAGUUCGUGGCCGCGCUGGACCUGGUGGCUCACGACACGGUGGCGGCCACCAAGGCCAAGGCGCUGAGCACGGCCCACGAGCUGCUGUGCGGCCGCCCGGAGCAGGAGAAGGCGCUGCUCGUCCAGGUGGUGAACAAGCUGGGAGACCCCGAGUACAAGACGGCGGCCAAAGCCUCGUACCUGCUGGAGACGCUGCUGCACCAGCACCCCAACAUGAAGGCGGUGGUGUGCUGCGAGGUGGAGCGGCUCCUGUUCCGGCCCAACAUCAGCGCCAAGGCGCAGUACUACGCCGUGUGCUUCCUCAGCCAGGUGCUGCUGAGCCACGACGAGGCCGAGCUCGCCAGCAGGCUCAUCUCCAUCUACUUCUCCUUCUUCCGCGCCUGCGUCAAGAGGAAGGACAUCGAGUCCAAGAUGCUGAGCGCGCUGCUGUCGGGCGUCAACCGCUCGUAUCCCUACGCCGGCGCCGGAGACGAGAAGGUCCGGGAGCAGAUGGACACGCUGUUCAAAGUGGUUCACCUGGUGAAGUUCAACACGGCGGUGCAGGCGCUCAUGCUGCUGUUCCAGGUGAUGGACUCCCAGCAGAGCAUCUCUGACAGAUUCUAUGUUGCUCUGUACAGGAAGAUGCUGGACUCGGGGUUGUCGUCGUCCUCCAGACAGAGCAUGUUCCUCAACCUCGUGUACAAGUCGAUCAAGGCCGACACUGUGCUGCGGCGGGUCAAGGCCUUUGUGAAGCGGCUGCUGCAGGUCAGCGCGGAGCAGAGCGCCAGCUUCGCGUGUGGAGCGCUGUUCCUGGUGUCGGAGGUCAUGAAGUCCAAGCCAGGCCUGAGGACGCUGCUGCAGGAGGAGGAGGGUGGAGACGAGGAGGACUUCAAAGAUCUCGCAGAGGAGAACGACGACGACGACGAUGAUGAAGAAGAAGAGCACUUUGUUGAUGCUGACAAACUGGACGAAGGCAUAACAGAAAACUCGUUGGAGGUGAAAGUAAAGCCAAAACCCACCGCGUCAUGGGUCCAUCACCAGAACCUGGAAGGUGGGACGAGCCUGCACAGCUAUGACCCGCUGCACAGAAACCCAUUAUUUUGCGGCGCUGAUCACACGACUUUAUGGGAACUACAGCGGCUCUCUGUGCACUUCCAUCCCUCAGUGUCACUGUUUGCAAAGACGAUCCUGCAGGGGGACUCCGUCCAGUACUCUGGUGACCCGCUGCAGGACUUCACCCUCAUCCGGUUCUUGGAUCGAUUUGUCUUCAGGAACCCCAAACAGCUGAAGGGACAACAAAACACGGAUUCAGCAGCACUGCAGCCCAAACAGAGGCUACGUGUCAACUUGUUACCAGUGAACUGUGAGGAGUUUCUGGCCAAAGAUGAGAGUCAGAUCCCUGUGAAUGAAAUCUUCUUCUACCGCUUCUUCAAAAAACAUCAGCAAGAGAAGCUGAUCCGUCGGCCGCAAGGAGACGGCGACAAUGACAGCCUGGUGGAUGUGGACGACGACGAGUUUGAGAAAGUACUGGAUUCCUAUGAAGGAGACACGUACUUCAUGGACCUGGCAGACGACGAUCUGGACUUCGCAGGUAACGUGAAUAAGAUGAAGAAACAAAAGAAAACUGCGGACGACUCGGAGUCUGACUCGGACGGGGACAACCUGGAUGAUGAGGAGGUGUCUCUGGGCAGCAUGGACGAGGAAGACUUCGGAGAUGAGCUGGACGAAGAAGGCGGGAUGUUCAUGGACCCUGAUGGAGGGGGAGAGUUUGAUGAUGACGACGAUGAAGUCCCAGAGUUGGAGGAGGACAAUGAUCCAUUUAAUGAUUCAGACGAGGAGAUGCAGGUUCCACACGUUCCUGCUCGAACCAACAAGGGGAAGAGAAAAUCCUCAGAGGACCUCGACUUCUCUGGAUCUUUAGAUACAAAACAGGGAAAGAAAAAGAAUAAAAAAGAUGGAGCCAUGUUCACUUCUGCUGAGGAGUUUGGCUCCCUGCUGGACGAGAACGCCGGCUCCAAGUUUGAUAAUAUCGGUGUGAAUGCCAUGGCCAACACCGACAGAGCAGGUCUAAAGCAGCUGAAGUGGGAGGCUCAGCGUGACGACUGGCUCCACGACCGUGAUGCUAAGACGCUGCGCCACAAGAAGCGGAUGUUUAACAAGAAGCGGAUGCUGGGCCGGGCCCGGACGGGCGGCAGGACACUGGGGAACAAGAGGAGGAAGAAGUAG